GCUAGCUCUACGCACCUAUGCAUUCUAUGCCGAGUUUCUUCGCCAGUAUACCUCGGUGGGCAGAGCAAGAUGGGUGUGGACCAAGCAAAUGGAGUCGUGAACUAUUGCAGACGACCACCACAAAGACCUUUCCUUCAGAGGAUACAAUAUGCGAUCUGGGAUCCGGAGGAACGAAAAUUUCUGGGUCGAACGCCAAAACGAUGGGGAGUCAUAGGCCUCAUCUACCUCGUAAUGUACAUCUGCAUUAUAAUAUUCUUCUCCAUCUGCAUGUGUGGUCUUCUCGCAUCCGUGGACGAGCAUAUACCCUACUUCACACUCGCUGACUCCAUAAUUGGAAACAACCCCGGUAUGGGGCAUAGGCCUGUUGUCUUUGAGGAGGGAGCUCUUAUCUGGUACAGAUUGGACAAUGAAACCUCAUACAAAAAGUACACGGACAAUUUAGAUGAAUUCUUAGCACCUUAUAAGAAUAAAUCUCUGCUCAUCAACAAAGGAGAGAAUCAAGUAGAUUGUCAGCUGAAGAAUCCUCAUGCGGGUGAUGUGUGUACCUUCGACACAUCCCUACUGGGGCCGUGUUCCAGCGAAAACGACUAUGGCUAUGCUGACGGCACGCCCUGUCUUAUUAUAAAACUUAAUAAGAUAUACGACUGGCAGCCCCAGUUUUACGACGAUCCUGGUGACUUGCCACCCAACAUGCCCCCGGACAUCGUGAACUAUAUAAAUACCACUAUGACACCAGAAGAGCGUCGCCAAGUAUGGCUGUCGUGCAAGGGCGAGCGACCGGCAGACACAGAAUCACUGGGACCUUUGCGGUACUGGCCAAAUCCUGGACUACCGGGAAUCUAUUUCCCCUACAACAACACACCCGGAUACCUCAGCCCUCUAGUCGCUGUGCAACUAUUGAAUCCUAUACGUGGUCAAAUAAUAAACAUCCGGUGUAGAGCUUGGGCGCGCAACAUUGUCUUCACUGAGAGUUUAAAGGAGAGAAUGGGCUCCACUCAUCUCGAGAUUAUGGUGGACUAGAUUUUUUCAAUUUUUCCUAGGGUUAUUAUAAACUUCAUAACAUUAGUAAAUUAUACAAUGAAUGUAUUAAAUUUACUCGAUGAGCCUGUAACCCUGUAUAGCCAUUUCAACCGUUAAAAAAUAUAUCAAUGUUGGGUUUAUUUAAAGAGGCUCAUUUCAGAUGAUUAAGGGUUUUAAUACUUUUAAACGUUCGUUAGAGUUUAUUACGCAUAAUGAUUUAUAUUCUUAAUAUUUAUACCAGAACUUAAAAUGAAAUAAAUUAAUACAAUGUUACAUAUAUACUUAUGUAACAUAUGACGUACAUAUAUAUACAGCUGCUAUAGUAACUUUUUUAGCGUAGGCCGCAUCUGUCGCGGCCCUUGAACAUACUUGGAUAUACAAAUAGUGAAUAAUAAUAACAAUAUACGUUAAAGAACUCUUUUUUUUGGUUCUUAGUUGCUAUAGAAACCAGUGUGAAGUUUAUAAUAAUUCUUGCUCUAUAGUCUAUGCCAAGAAUACAUUGCUUUAUUGCUUCUCGCACACUUCUGUGUCAAUGUACUGAAAUAGUUUAUUAGGUGAAACUAUAUUUGAAAAUAAUGUAUUUUUUCAUAAUUGUUUGAGUAUACAUAAUAUCUCUUAGAGGCGAAUGUUAUAUAAAUAAAACAAUGUGUGUAGCAAAAGAUUACAGUUAUUUUUUCUGUUCUGGAAUGUUCUGUUCUAGAAAGUUCUGGAAUACAACUGUCUUUAUCUGCUAACAAUACAUUGUUUUAGACAGGGCCUUGAUUUCACAAUAGAUUAUUGAUUAAAACUCGACUCGAAAAAAAAUUGUUCCUUACUUGUAAAAUAAUUUGACAUCCUGUCUCCACUCCCUUGUAGGCCUCCAGACCUCUAAAUCUCUGGCAGGCUCUGGUUUUUUACAAAUCAGUACUUUAUUUUUUGUUUUCCUGGGAAUCGAAUCAAAGAUUGCUUAUACACACUAUGGACGUUAAGCACUAAUCCGUACAGUAAUAAUACAGUGAUUGUGAAAUACAGUGAAUACUUAAAUAUCUUUUGUUAUAAGUUUUUAACCAAGAGGACCUAAGAAUAAUUUUUUUAAUUAAAGCAGUGCCUCGAAUGUGCCUUUGGAAAAUAUGUGUAAUGUAUGUUGUUUUGUUAUAUUAUAUAUAUUUGUAGUAAAAGCACUGUAGAGAAAUUAUUAAAUUCUAUU